AAAAAAACAUAAUCCUAGAAAAAUAUAUAUAUGUUCUUCUUCAUCAAAUCCUAGAAAAACCCAUCUGGGAAUUCCCAAAAAAAAAAAAAAACACAAAACACAAACACACAGAAACACAUAAGAAAAAUAAAAAAUGGGAGGGGUUGAUUAUUACACAAUCUUAAAAGUCAACAAGACGGUCAACGAAGAAGAGCUAAAAAAAGCAUACAAAAAACAAGCAAUGAAAUGGCACCCAGAUAAGCAUUCAUCAUCGUCAGCUGAUCAUGACAAAAACAAAUUAGCUGAAUCAAAGUUUAAGCAGAUUUCAGAAGCUUAUUAUGUAUUAAGCGAUGCUAAAAAGCGUCAGAUCUAUGAUUUGUACGGUGAAGAUGGGUUAAAAUCUGGGCAAUUUGAUGAUAAUGGUAAUACUUUUUCACCCAGUGGUGGUAAUAAUUUUAGAAAUAAUGGUGGUGGUGGAAAUGGUAAUUAUUCGAGGUAUAGAUUUGACCCGAGAGAUGCUGAUGAGAUUUUUAAUGAGUUUUUUUAUGGAUCUUCUGAUGAUAAUAAGAAUAAGAUUAAUAAUAAUAAUAAUAAUAAUAAUAAUAAUAAUAAUAAUAAUAAUAAGAAGAAUGGUGUGAUUAAUAAUAAUGAUAAUAGAAAAGCUGAAACGGUGGAGAAUAAGUUGAGUUGUAGUUUGGAGGAAUUGUAUAAAGGAUCUAAAAGGAAAAUGCAGAUUUCAAGGAUUGUUCUAGAUGAUUCUGGGAUAGGCAAACCAGGAACUCUUGAAGAGAUAUUACCAAUUCACAUCAAACCCGGAUGGAAAAAGGGAACAAAGAUCACAUUUCCUGAAAAAGGAAACCAAGAGCCAGGUGCAGCCCCUGGAGAUCUUAUCUUUGUUGUAGACGAAAAGCCUCAUGACACCUUCAAGCGAGACGGUAAUGACCUAGUCUUCACCAAAAGGAUCACCCUUUUGGAUGCUCUGACAGGAAGAACGAUCAAGGUGACUACUUUAGAUGGCAGAAAUCUAGUGAUCCCGCUAACUGAUGUGAUCAAACCGGGCCAUGAGGAGGUGAUCAAGAAUGAAGGAAUGCCAAUUUCUAAAGAACCUGGAAAGAAAGGAAAUUUAAGGAUCAAGAUUGAUAUCAAAUUCCCGUCAAGGCUAACCAGUGAACAAAAGUUGGAUCUUAAACGGGUCUUGGGAGGUGGAGGCAGAGCUGAUGACUAAUAUCUCGUGUUCAGUAAACCGUGAGUACCUCUAACUGUUGACACUUCGACGCUUUAUCAACUGUACAUACAAUGGGUUACUAUCUUAAGUGAGCAAAUUGUGCAUAGUAGUGAUACUUUGAAGUCUUGUUGCCUAAUUUAUAAAAUCUCUAGCUAACUACUAAAUAAUCUCUAUUUUCACAUUUGAAAAUCUGUAUAUCCUAAAGCAAAGAGGCUAUGUUUGUUUUUGAAUGUACAUUGGGGAUUGAACACAUUUUGUGUUAUAAUCUAUCGCGCUUAUUGUUUACCUAGUAA